UCCUGAACAACAACACGUCACAUUAAUUAGAUAACGAUACAAUAUAAGUCACCCGGAUACACUCAAAGAACUCUCUUAAUUUACCUCCUUAACCGAAUUCAAAAUAUCUUAUUUUAUAACAAAAAUAGUUUCAAUAACAAAAUGAGUUCAACAAAACUAUUCAAAUUAAUCAACAAAUCGACAAUUAGUAAAGUGAAUUUCCGGUUUCUUAGUGGUUUGGCAAAAGUAUCCAGCGACCAAGAAAGCCUCGUCGUUAAUUACGACAAUAAAAUCGAUCAUUUUCCGUUAGUUUGGUUGAGAGAUAAUUGUCGUUGUAAUACGUGUUUUCAUGGACCUUCGCAAUCGAGAAUUAUCAACUGGAAUGAAUUCGAUGUUAAUGUUAAAGUUAGAUCAUUACAGGCAAAAGAUGAGAAUCAAAAAGUCGAAAUUAAUUGGAGUGAUAACCACAAAUCGAUUUAUUCGUUCGAUUGGUUGAAAAGUCGCAGCUUUUCGAAAGAGGAUCAAGAAUUUUAUUUGAAAAAUCUUUAUAUACCUCAAAAGAAAUUAUGGAGCAACCAACAGUUUUUAGAUGUCAUGAAAGUAUACGAAUACGAGGAUAUUAUGACAAAGGAUGAGAAAUUUUAUAAUUGGUUAAUGGAUUUAUCAACAUACGGAGUCGUUCUACUUAAAAAUGCCCCAAAAGAUGCGAUGGAGUGCAAAAAAAUAUCGAAAAAGAUUGCUUUUAUUAAAAAAACUCAUUAUGGGGAAGAUUACCACAUUGUAGCUAAAGCAGACACAAAUAACGUCGCUUAUUUAUCGAGUCCUUUACAACUUCACACCGAUUUACCUUAUUACGAUUACAAACCUGGGGUGAAUAUGUUACAUUGUAUAGUUCAAACUAAAAAUAAAGGGGGAGAGAAUUUAUUAUCAGACGGCUUUUACGUAGCUGAGUUGCUCAGAAAAGAAAAUAAAGAAGCUUUCGAUCUGUUAAGUCAAACGGAAGUGAAUUGGUCCGAUAUCGGUGAAGAGGACGGUGUUAGAUUUUAUAAAAUACACCGAGCACCAGUUAUUUCGUAA